AUGUCGAACGGUAGCUUCCGUUUAGAGUCCUUCCAGCUUUGGAAGCCUUCUCAGAAAAAAGCGCAGGCUCUGCAGGAUUCUCUCGAUACUUGUCGUUAUCCAAUCUCAACAAAGCCCAAUGUUCAACCUUAUAACUAUGAACGACACCCUUUGCCUCCACGACCGCCAGUGGAGGUUUGCAUGAAUGACGGCCUACAACAUGAGAUAAACACGCAGCCCCAACUUGCUGUGGAGGAUCAGGCGUUGGACUUCCGGGAUACUCCCGCACCGCAAGUGUCAUCAGAAUCCCCAGAAAUUGACCAUGUAAUGGUUUGUGACAAUCUGGGUGAAGUCUCUCAGCAAUCACCCGGUGUUGAGUCAGACCAAUCAGGCGCUUCAGGGCUCCCCAGCACUGCCAUCCAGCACCCUCAUGCUGGAAACACUGGAAGCUCUGUUCUGAAUGGCGAGUUUCCUGAUACAGUAAUUGAUCCGCAAAUUUUGGAGGACUUUUAUUCCCAAAACAGUACGCAAACAUCCGCAGAUGAAGACAUUUCUGAAGUUAUGUCGCCUUCUCGUUCAUCGGAUGUAUCCAUUCAUCGCCAUCCUGUGAGCGAAAAUCCGCAGAAAGUGAUGAAACCAGGGCGACCACAGCCUGGAAGAAAUAAUCUUUCUGUUCUUGUGGACAAUCGUCACAGGAAUCGAAUGGGCCGGAAUCCCCGAGCAGGUAGUCCUGUUCCAAUACCAUCUUCUCGUCUGCAGGAUCAAUUCUCUUCACUCCCGGUCGAAGCGAAACUCGAGUUCUUGUCCUGGCUGUUUCAGGGUGCUAUAUCUCAAUGCAGCUACACUGCAUCGAUCGCGAACUGCGCUUCGGCAUCAGGAUUGAUCCCGGAAGAUGAAGGAACUUCAACUCUACCAUCCACGGAAUUGUUCCCAGAUAUAAACGUGGUCGAGCAUUCAGCAUCCUCAAGGAAAGGGCUAAAUUAUUCUGCGGAAGAGGAUGACCUUCUCAUCAAGCUUCGGAAGGAACAAGCUCUUUCCUGGUCAGAAGUGACCAGGAGGUUCAGUCGGAUAUUCCCUGGGAGAAAGCAGGGGUCUCUACAAGUGCACUGGAAUACAAAGAUCGAGGGAAAACAAUAA